AUGACUACAGAUGAGCCGGCACUAAAAAAGCAACGAAUCUCGUCAGAUCCACCUUCGGAACUUCCAAAUCAUGAAUCAGACUCUUCUUCUACACCCGAAAACUCGAAGUGGGUUCCCAAAUCUAUCUCCUCAAUCAAAGACAAAUCCACAUAUGCAAGUAGCACAUAUCACUCGGAGAUACCAGAAGCAAUCACCGAAGACCCAAAGGGACCAGUCGUUUUAGGCGUCGACGAAGCGGGACGUGGUCCUGUUUUAGGUCCGAUGGUUUAUGGAAUUUCGUAUUGCUUGAGAGACUAUCAAGACCAUUUGAAGAAGAAAUACGGUUUUGCAGACUCUAAAACAUUGAAAGAUUCCACACGACAAGAGCUUUUUCAACUUAUUGAUAACGAAAAGCACGAGCUACAUAAGAAUGUUGGUUGGGCUACAUGCACCAUGACUGCCAAAGAUAUCUCCAACGGUAUGCUUAGAAGUGCGUUAGGGGCAGGCUCGUACAACUUAAACGAACAAGCGCAUGAUACGACAAUCCAGCUUAUUAAGGAUGUUCUUCUAAGUGGGGUUAAUGUUCGUGAGAUUUUUGUGGAUACAGUGGGUCCUCCUGUGUCAUAUCAGGCGAAGCUAAAGAAACACUUUCCAAGCAUUGACAUUACAGUCACCAAAAAGGCUGAUAGCAUCUAUCCCAUUGUAAGUACUGCGUCUGUUGUGGCUAAGGUGACGCGUGACUUAAACCUACAAUGGUACAACGAGAACGUAGAGAACCUCAUCGGCAAGUGCUUGGGAUCGGGGUACCCUUCGGACCCCAACACUAGCAAAUGGCUUACUUCUAACGUGGACAAAGUCUUUGGGUGGGAUUUCGGAUUGAUAAGGUUUCUGUGGCAGACAGCCAAAGAUGCUUUGGAAAGACACGGUGCAUGUAAAGUUACAUAUGAAGCAGAAUGUGUCAAGGACAACGGCUACAGUGAUGUUGGCGACUUCUUUUCUAAGCCCGUAUCGUCAGCCUUAGUGAGCAGUCUGUUCUAUGGUAUAGAGGCACAAUUGUAA